AUGUCGCUUAUGGUAGCCGACUGCAAUCGUACACGCCAUAGCUUACAGCGUCCAUGGACCGGUCUACUCUUCCAGUCAUGGCAGCGUGAACUGGAGCAAGAGCUAGAUCAGUUCAAUAUUGCGAUCGUAGAGCCACUGCAUGGAUCCGUCCCUGCCGUGUCCCUAAUUCAUCAAGCUGCCUGCCUCUCCUUGUACCUACCACUUGGUAAACUUGAGAGAUAUGCUGGAAAGGAAGGUGAGAAACGGUCUGCCGAUGUGUACGAGCUCUUUAUUCAGCACAUCAAUCCGAGUCAUCUACGGCAGGCUGCGUGGCACGCAGGGCAAAUACUACGCAUCGCUAGAUGUAUACCACCCGGUCUGUUAACUGGGUUCUGCGCCACGUGCUUAUACUUUGCCGCGCUUGCUCUUUGGACAUACAGCACGGUGACAGCGCCGGAGGAGUCUUCGGGUCGAGAACUUAGGACUGAAUCGGCGCUGCAACACGGUACUUUUUUCUUAGAUGGAGAAGGCAGUCCCAGUGGUGCACUGCGUCGUUUUGUUAUUUCCGGUCAAGGAAUCCCUGCCCUGUCAUCUGGAAGUAGUCCUGCUUACCUCGACAACCAAGCCGCCGUAAUGCGCCUGUUUCAGCAGGUAUUGCGGUCGAACUAUCCGAGUCAAGCUAUUCCUCAACAGGCCCAGACUCUAUAUCAUGCCUUUUCGGCUCUUGGAAGCAUACGGAGAGUCAAGGAAUGUGAAGUCCCGAGCAAGAAGCUGCCUCCGGAGUAG